AUGUCUCGAGGAGGUCGAGGUGGAGGCCGCGGCGGUCGCGGCGGCGGAAGAGGUGGAAGGCCUAAUGUGCCGUGGGAUACAGGUGACGAGCCUGAUGCGCGACCCUCUGAGCUAUUUCCCCCAUACAUCGUUCCGACACCCCGAGAGCUCGCCGCACCCGAGAAAACCGCCGUACAACACCUUCUACUAUUAAGGCACCAGACCCAUGCCUCUCCUCUAUAUACAUCCAAGCGUACAUCCCUCAACGACCCGACAGCGCCCCGGAAACACUAUGGACAGGCACAGAAGAAUGCCGUGUUCGGCGUCAAGAGCAAGGCUUCCGUAGAUCCUUUUACUGCUGUACCCACCUACUCUCACAAGUUCGCCCGUGAAGAGCGCGCUCUUCCGGAUUGGUCCAAUCGCCCAGUUUGCCGUGAGCUUUUCCCCCGCGAAUUAUACAAAGAAAUCGACGCUGCGGCUACCAACAACGCCGACGUACCUGGCGGGUUCAAGCGCCGGAAACUUGAGCUCUCUAGCGUCAGUGCGCUGCCAAGCGCAGAGGAAGCUUUCGGCAUGGCAGGUGACGCUGAGGAUGAUAUGCAGGGCCGGACACUUCUUGAGCGUCUUCAAGCUCUCAAGGAGGAGGAAGGCGAAGAGGGCGGCGACCUCGAAGACGAGGAGGGCAUGGAAGAGGAAGAGCAGGACGAAGUCUAUGAUGACGAGGAUGCAGGCGACUACGAUGCUGAGAACUACUUUGAGAACGGCGAUGAUUUUGGCGACGAUUAUGGUGAUGACGGCGACGGAGAAGGAACCUUCUAG